AACUGGGAAAGUAACUGAAAACUGGAUCCCUGUGACUGGAAGCUGAUAGCUAUUUACGAGCUGGGUGCUGGGCGACCUCCUCCUUCUGAUCCUCGGAGUGCCUUCUCUUCCUGGCACCAUUCUCCUUCAUGGCUUUCCAGCCUUGCCCUGUGGUCACUCAGCCUGCGGCCGUCAACAACUGCUCCCCGUGUCCAUACAGGGACUGGAAAUCGGGACUGACGGACUGCAGCUCGGACCAAACAAUAUGUUUCUGCGGGAUCUUCUGCCUUCCCUGCCUCACUUGCAAGGUGGGAGCGCAGUACGGCGAGUGCUUCUGCGUCCCCUUCCUGCCGGGGGCUCUUGUGGCCAUGCGGACGGGCCUGCGAGAACAGCUGCGCAUCAAGGUACCCGUCCCCGGGGGGGACUUCUGGGAAAGUUCCAGCAGAUGAUUGCCAGG